GCGACAGACGCCGGCCGGCUACAAAACGCUCUGUUGCACGACUACCGUGCCUCCCUAGCUCCCUUGCCUUUCCUUUUUCUUUCUUCUCCUUCCAGAACCAGCCGAAACACCGCAACGACCCUGCAGGCUGCAGCUCCAUUCCAAAUUCCAUGGGGGGCGGCAGCUUCGUCAGGUGCCGGUGCGGGUGGGUGAAGCUCCUCGCGCUGCUGUCGCUCGUCCCGCUCGCGCUCAGAGCCGGCUCGCUCCUCGCCCGCGUCCCGCCGCCGCCCUCCCGACCUGCUUCCGCCUUCAUCGCGGGCGCCGUGAGCGUCGUCUCCGCUUCGGCGCACAGCGAGGUCGGGCAGCGACGGAGGAGGACCAAGGAGGGUACUGCUGCCCUUGCCGCCGGCCUCAGCACGAGGUUCCGGCACGGCGGAGCCCAGGCCGGGUUCGGCGACGACAAGAGGAUGGCGCCGUCGGGCUCCAACCCGCUGCACAACUUGCGACGACGACGAUAGGCCGUUUCUCGCGUCCAUACUUCUACAAUAUACAAAGCACAACAACACCAUCGACGAGGUCUGGCUUUCCCUCCCCGGCGCCCUGCUCUGCUGUGCUCUUCACACACACACACACACGAUUGUGUGUUCAGUGUUCGUUCCACGACAUGUGUGCAUACAUAUAUAUAAAUGUUCUUCAGGCUGCGAGUACAUGUGUACUCUCACUCUCCAUAGUCCAUACGCAUUGUGCGACAGAACGUUUGAGCCGUGCGCCUGCAUCUUCGAUCUUCGUCAAGUUUGUACUGUAUGUUUUUUCGUUCUUUUCCAGCGCAUUUGGAUCUCGCAAUUCA